CAGACCAAACCAAAUAAAGAGAUUGAGAAGAAAGUCAAAAUCCCGUCUUCGUCAUAAAUAAAUAAAUGUAUAAAAUUGGAAAAUCGAUUCCCAUCAAAACAGGGCUAAGAGGAGCGUCCGCUGCAGCAGUUGGAUUCAUCAAAUCGUCGAAACCGAUCCGACCCAUCUCCUCAAACACCAUGGAGAGUCCCGACAAAGAUUUCUCAGCCGCCACCACCAGCGACGGUAGCCGCCGCUGCGUCCCGCUUUCCUCGGUGGUCUCUGAUUGUGCGAAGCGGUGGUUCAAGGACACUCUUGAGGAAGCCAAAGCUGGGAACAUCACUAUGCAGGUUUUGUUGGGUCAGAUGUAUUACUCUGGCUAUGGAAUCCCUAAAGAUCCUCGAAAGGGGAGACUUUGGAUUACUAAAGCAUCAAGAGUUCGUUCUUCGGUGUGGAAAGUCAAGGAUAAACGACCAGGUUACAACGCAAGUGAUUCAGAUUCAGAUUCAGAUUCGGAUUCUAGUUAAGCUUACUCGUGUACUCAAGAAGAUAAAGUGUUUAUCGAAAGAGCUUGUUUUUGUCUCGUCUUGGAUAUUUCAAGUUCCGACUAUAUACAAUUAGCUUCUUGUUUCCUCGCAAAUCUCUUGAUGUUUGCUGAAUAAUUUUGUAACUGUAUUGCUCGAAUGUCUGAUAUUGCAAUGAAAAGGGGUUUAUGACUAAUUGUU